CAGGUUCGGCUGCGCCUGCGCACUGGUUUCCGGCGAGCAGGCUGUUGUUGGUUGCGGCAUGUUUGGUUCUAUGACAUGGUUGGCGUGUGGGGUUUGUGCAUGGAACUUGGCAAGAGACUGUCCAUCGAAGGCAAUAUCGCUGUAGGGAAGUCCACAUUUGUAAGACUGCUUAAAAAGGCAUUCCCAGAAUGGCACAUGACUACAGAACCAGUUUCCAAAUGGCAGAAGGUUCAAGCUGCUCAAUCCAAUCAGGCCUUGUCUUCUCAGAGUUUUGGAAACUUGCUUCAAAGCCUCUAUCAGGAGCCUUCUCGAUGGUCCUACACAUUCCAGACUUACUCAUGUUUGAGUCGGCUCAAAGCACAGCUGCAGCCUCUGUCAAUGGAGCCCCUGAAGACCCAGGAAUCUGUGCAGAUUUUUGAGAGAUCUGUGUACAGUGAUAGGUAUAUCUUUGCAAAGAAUUCAUUUGAGAUUGGCCAUUUGGCAGAGAUUGAGUGGAUAAUUUACCAAGACUGGCAUACCUUCCUUCUUCAAGCAUUUGGAAACCAAGUUGCGCUCCAUGGUUUCCUUUAUCUCCGGGCGCCUCCUGAGGUAUGUCUGGAGAGGCUGUGCCGAAGAGCGAGGCCUGAAGAGAAAGAUAUUCAGCUGCGCUAUCUAGAGCAGCUUCACUCUCAGCAUGAAAACUGGCUCCACACAAGAAGCACAGAGAUCCAUUUUGAAAAUCUGAGAAAUGCUCCUGUCUUGAUUCUUGAUGUUACCAAGGAUUUUGAGAAUAACACAAAUGAGCAAAGGAGACUUGUGAGCCAGGUGGGGACUUUUAUAAAGAACCUCUCCUCUGAAGCUUUGCCUUCUGCUUCUACAGCCACUUCCUAGCUCAGAUUCCUGUUCUGUGAGCAAAUGGCCCUAUGUUGCCGCCCAUCAAGAGGCCAAAUGAAAACCUUUCUGAACCUUGGAAGGUAAAAACCAGCUGGAUACCAGGUCGGUGAUACUCCCAGGAUGUUUGGAGUUAAGACACUACUAACAAAACCUUCCAGUACCCAAAUUGUGUGGAGAUACAAAUGGUGACAGUUAGAAGGAGGCAGGGUGCAUUUCUCUAUGGGCUGGCCCAGGUCAGAGAUGGCAUCCAAUCCUCCAUUCUGGCUUUUCAGGCACUUUAAUGUGUGCUUUCACUUGGCAUGGGCCUGGAUGGGUACAGUGCAAUGAGAGAGCUUGGCUGCCUCUUUCAUGGAUUCCCCCUUCCCCCCAGCACUGAAUUGUAGCAUCAGCAAUGGUGGUUCCCCUGCUGUUCCAAUCAGCUCCUGCUUAAAGACAAGAUAUAAAAGAGAUACAAAAGGAAAAGAGGGGUUAUACAAUUAUGUAUGUCAAAGGUUAUUUAUACUUUACAGGAUAUAUAAAACAAAAUCUUUCUUCCCGACAUCCCCUUCAUUGUAAUUCUUAUGACAUUUUCUAUAAAAUACAUUAAUCCUUACUUCUAACAUCUUAAAUUUAAUAGCUAAUCUAUUUUGCAACUAAAUUAUUAAUUUCAUUGCUGCAUAUUCUAUGUUACAUAUUUCACCAUUUCUACACACUAGCUAUAGUUUUUAAUAUAUCAAAAUUUAAAGGAAAGUCUAUUGCAUAUUUCACAAUAACAAAUAUAUUUUCAUGAAAAAUCCACUUCUUUCUACAUUUGUAUUAAAAACUUGCUCUCAUUUUGCUUCUUCAUUUGUAAUACCUUUAUAUGUAUUGCAAUACAUCAGCUUCUGUGUUCUCUAAGAGGAGCUGCUUUCAUUGUGCCCCCAUUCCUUGCUGCCUAUUGUGACUUGGACUAGUGUCAUAUGGGUCUGUUUCAUGAACUUCACUUUACUCUUCUGUAUCUAAUUUUUAUCUUCUGUGCUUUCAAUCUCUUGUGUUUCCAAAUAGCCCUAGAAAUUGUCCUGAAAAGUGGUCCAGUCAAACAAUUCCUGGCUUAUGUACAUCUGUACCCUUUUUUUUGUUGUGUACUGAAAACCCUCAAAUGGGGGUAGAGGUUAGAAGCUGAUUGAUGCCAAAACAUUCCAGAACACCACAGAAUGUUGCAGAGUCAGUGUAUCAUUACAUUGUACUCAUGUCUGUGCAAGACCUGCGUCCAGCUGACCAGACUAGAGACAUGUGGCACCUUUGCAUGACCUAGAUGAGCUAAUGUCAUAUGUAAUUAGUCAGAUUCUUGCCAGAACCAUAUAAGUUAUUAACUAUAUACUACAGUGUGAGAUAUAGUAUUUGGAGUCAAGUCAAGACUUCAGAUUUAUGCUUGUUUCUUUGCCUCUUUGGUUACACUUGAUAUCUUUGAAUUUCAAAGACUUCUGUAGUAGAGCUCAGUUUAUUAGCAACACAGUAAUAUGAAAGUGAACAUUUAUUGCUCUUCUUGCCGUAAGCAAAAUGUUUUGUUUCUAGAUUUGCACUUAAUAGACUUGUAGGGGGUCCAUCUAGGAAUUUAGAGUUGAAAGGUUAAAUAAAGCAAUGUUACUGGACCCUACAUAUUGGACAGGUGACAAGUAGCUGAGCAGCUACCUAAGAGGAAUAGCUGCAGAUGGUUCUUGUUCAGAUUCUAACCAUUCUACCCUAAGCAGAGAUGCACCUCUCUAAUCCCAUUGACUUUAAUGGACUUAGGAAUUGUCCAAAAGUACCACUCUUGAAUGUUCUCUUGCACACAGCUGUUUGGCAGUUUCUGUAACUGUUGUGCAAUGAAGUUAAAGGCCUGUUUGCAUUUAAUGAUGUGAUAAUUUCUUUUCCCCAUACUUAUACCUUUGUUAACAUACAAUUUGACCAGACCACAUGGGUAAACAACGUGCUGCUUGGAGUGGAGUGGGAGCAGGCAUUCAUCUUAAAAUUUGUGUACAUUCAUCCUAAAAUUUAUGUACAUGUUCCAAUUUAAACUUAACCCUCCUGGUUGAAAGGAAGGCCUGCUUUUAUAGAUCGUUUCAAACACUGUAUUUUAAUGUGGAAACUGACUUUUUAAAGGAUUGGUACACUGUAAAACUCUUUGUAGAUACUGGAUUUCCCCCCAAAUUAUAGAAUGUUGUAUUUAAUUUAAUAAUAACUGGAACAGAACUUGUGUAUGUAAUAUUAGUAGGGUUAGAAAGUGGAAUUCAUCAGGGGGACCAAAUUCCUGUGGGGUGGGAGGUUCUUCUGCUGCAAGAGUUCCCCCACCCCUUACAUUUAAGGCAUAAGUGGUUCUGUUCCAGAGAGUUGUAGCUAACUCCCUGGUUCUGUACACUAUUGUAACUUGCAGAUUAUUUAAAAUAAAAGUUGUAAUAUCCAAUAAA